GCUUGUCGUCACGGGAGAAGAAGCUGGUCGUGCGGCUGUGGGCGGGGUCGAGAAUUUGGAGCGUGGAUUGAUGGGUCCGCGACAGUGAGGCUGAGACAGAAACAGGCUUGUGUGUAGGCCUGACGAGGAAAGGCGUUGCUUCUAUUUCUGUGCCGUACACGGUGAGAGAGAAAGAGCAAUGCCGCGGCGCUGGUAAGCCCAGGCCUUGGCGGAAGUCAAUAUGUUGUCAAUUCGGCGGGCGGUUCAGAAUCUGGGUUUGAGACUCAGAUUUCACCUGUUCCGGGAUAUCGGACGCCAGUAUCCGGUCUUCUGCUUCAUUAUGUUGCUGCUCACUCUUUCCACCCUGCUGUUUAACAGGUAUCUACACAUUCUUAUGAUGUUCUGGUCAUUCCUUGCUGGAGUUGUGACUUUCUAUUGUUCACUUGGACCUGACUCACUUUUGCCCAAUAUUCUCUUCCAUACUGAGCGAAAACCAAAGCAACUAGAACAGCAAGAACUCUUUCCCCAAGGUCAUAGCUGUGCUGUCUGUGGAAAAGUCAAAUGUAAAAGACAUAAGGCCACACUGCUGUUGGAAAACUACCAGCCGUGGCUGGGUUUGACAGUUAGUUCAAAGGUGGAUGCUUCUCUAUCUGAAAUACUGGAGCUGGUGAUUGAAAACUUUGUGCACCCUUGGUACAGGGACUUGACUGAUGAUGAAGCCUUUAUUGACGAACUAAGAGUAACUUUGCACUUCUUUGCGGCUGUUCUAGUCCGCCGAGCACAGAAGAUUGAUGUUCCAGUCCUCGUAAACCAGAAAUUGUUAAAAGCGGCAAUGAAGCAUAUAGAAGUUAUAUCAAAAGCAAGGCAAAAAGUAAAACAUAGUGAGUAUUUACAACAAGUUGCAUUGGAAGAGUAUGGACCGGAUCUGCACCUAGCUCUGAGAAGCCGUAGAGAUGAACUCCAAUAUCUUAGGAAAUUAACUGAAUUGUUAUUUCCAUACAUCCUACCACCAAAAGCAACAGAGUGCAGAUCUCUAACCUUGCUGAUUCAAGAAAUUCUAGCUGGGUCAGUAUUUCUUCCCUCUUUGGACUUCUUGGCUGAUCCAGACACGGUGAACCAUUUGUUGCUGAUUUUCAUAGACGAUAGCCCGCCAGAACCAGCAACAGAGCCUCCCUCGCCUUUGGUUCCAUUUCUUCAGAGAUAUGCUGAUGCAAGAAAUAAAGCUCAAUCGGCCCUAAAACUUGAGUUAAAGGAGAUAAGAGAGCAACAGGAUCUACUCUUCUGGUUCAUGAACUUUCUGAAGCAAGAGGGUGCAGUGCAUGUGUUGCAAUUCUGUUUCACUGUAGAGGAAUUCAAUGACCGGAUCUUAUGUCCAGAGUUGACUGAUGAUGAGAUGCAAACUCUUCACGAGGAAGUGAAGAAAAUUUACGUGACCUAUUGUCUUGAUGAAAGCAUUGAUAAAAUCAAAUUUGAUCCAUUUAUUGUGGAAGAGAUACAACAGGUUGCAGAAGGAUCUUACAGGAAUGUAGUGAAACUUCAGACCAUGCGCUGUUUGUUCGAGGCAUAUGAACACGUCAUGAAUCUGCUUGAAACUGUAUUUACACCUAUGUUUUGUCACAGUGAUGAGUAUUUCAGAUAUUUAUUGAAAGGAGCAGAGUCACCAACACGCAACUCCAAAUCCAAUAGAAGUAGCCUGAAUUUGGAUGAUUUUCGGGGCUCCAAUAAACGUGGAGAAUCUUUUGGAAUAAGUCGAAUAGGCAGCAAGCUCAAAGGAGUCUUUAAAAGCACAACAAUGGAAGGAGCUAUGUUGCCUAACUAUGGAUUGCCAGCAGCAGAUGAUGAUCUUGUUGAAGAAGCAACAGUUGUGUCUGAGGAUGAUUUAAUUGAAGAAUUGGCAAUCACUCCCAAUGCUCAUCGUAACCUUUCUGCUUGGAAAAUAAGCAUUCCAUAUCUGGACUUCUACUUUGACAGUAAAAAGGAGAAAGUCCCAGUCUUCUGUAUUGAAGUAAUUCGAAAUGAAGAAGGGUCAGAACGGCGUGAAAAUGAAAACUGCUUUGUUUACCGAAGAUACUUUGAAUUUUAUGUCCUUGAAUCGAAGCUUACCGAGUUUCAUGGAUCUUUCCCAGAUGCGCAGCUUCCUUCAAAGCGACUCAUUGGAUCCAAGAACUUUGAUUUCCUAAAUUCUAAACGAGAAGAGUUUCAGGAAUAUCUGCAGAAUUUGCUGAAACACCCAGAACUAAGCAACAGCCAACUCCUGGCCGAUUUUUUAUCCCCAGAUGGCUGUCAAUCACAGUUUCUUGAAAAAAUUCUUCCGGAUGUAAAUCUGGGGAAGAUUAUCAAGUCUGUCCCUGGAAAACUCAUCAAGGAGAAAGGCCAACAUCUGGAGUCAUUCCUCACAGCAUUUAUUAACUCCUGUGAGGCUCCCAAACCUAAACCAAGUAGACCAGAACUCACCAUUCUCAGUCCUACUUCGGAAAACAACAAAAAGCUUUUUAAUGACUUGUAUAAAAAUAAUGCCAAUCGUUCUGAAAACACAGAGAAGAAAUAUAACCAGAACUACUUCAUGGAAAUGAUGACGUUAGAUGGUGUUUACGAUUAUCUGAUUUAUGUGGGACGUGUUGUUUUUCGCAUGCCAGACUGGUUGCAUCACUUAUUAAUGGGUGGACGGAUUCUCUUUAAGAACACGCUUGAAGCAUAUUGUGACAAUUACCUUCAGUAUAAGUUGAGCCAGUUGUUACAAGAACAUAGAGUGGUUUCCCUUAUAACUCUGCUCAGAGAUUCUGUCUUCUGUGAGAAUACGGAGCCUCGAUCUCUUGAAGAUAAACAAAGGAGAGCAAAAAAAACUUUUGAUGAAAUGAUGAACUACAUUCCAGAUUUUUUUGUGAAAUGCGUUGGAGAGGAAGCAAAGUACGAGGGAGUCAGAUUGCUAUUUGAAGGGCUUCAACAGCCAGUGCUCAACAAACAGCUGACAUAUGUACUGCUGGACUUAGUACUACAGGAACUGUUUCCUGAGCUCAAUAAGGUGCAGAAAGAAAUAGUAUCUGUUUCCAUGUGGAAGUGAAGAAUACUGCUACCCAUCUUCCGUUGUGAGAUCCUCUUUUUAUUUAGGAGCUGGAGUGCAAUAGAACCAUGCUGUAUCAAUGUGGCAGAAUUAUGUGUAUGCAAUACUGAAUGUUUUUAAUGAAACCUGUGUAAGUAAAUGUGAAUAUUAGUUUUAUGAAAUUUAUGUGAAUGUGAACAUUAAUUUAAACCUAUGUGUGUUACACUACACUACACCAAUAAAGGAUAUUCUAUCAUUGUGUUGUGGAAA